UAUAAACACUUAUACAGUAUGAAAUGCAAAAUGAGUGCUUUCGGGAUUUUAGUUUUGAUCUUCAGCACCAUGUAUGCAGUCCAUCCUGGUAGACACUGGGUUACUGCACAAUUCCUCACAGAUCCACCAGUUUAUCAGCCUGAUAAAGAGAUCAGUGUGAAUAUCGGAGACUCGGCUACCGUACGAUGUUGUUUUUCUGAAAAGGAAUUUGGAAUGAUGGCCUUGUUUAAACAACCAGACAGAAAAAAACCCCAGACGAUCGUCAAGUUCUUUAAGACUUCUGAAGAAAUGUUUUACAACGGACUCCAAAAGUCUCGUUUCCAAAUAGAACAAACUUCAAACUGUUUCAAUAUGACUAUUUUAAACAUCAUGCAGUCUGAUGAAGCCAUGUACUACUGUGCACUACUGAUGACACACAACCCUGUGUUUGGAGAUGGAACUUAUUUAAAAAUAAGAGUGAAGACUUCUAGUGAAGAUUCUUCAGGAACGAAGCAGAUUCAGGAAUCUGAAGCAAAAACUGUGAUUUACACAGAUGUACAGUUCAACAAGAUGAAAGCAAAAGCUGAAAAAAGAAAACCUGACUUAGCCGAGGAUUGUGUGUACUCUAGUGUGAAAUAAACCUUUUUUCUGUAUUAAUGAUCACAUGUUAAAUCACUUGUGUGCUU